CGACGGACCAGUGCUCUUCAUUUUGUGCAGCAUUCACGCAGGGUUUCCAGAGACCAGGCCCGAAGGAAGACGGCUCCCGUUGACGACGACAGGGACAACGCCCGGAGCCGUCCUCGCGAUUCUCUUGGCAUGGCUACCGUAUAAGAGCGCACGCUGUCCUGCCCCAUGCCUUUCCCACUUUCCACCGAAGUUCUCCAACUUGCUUUGGUCGUUGAACGGCCGUUUCUUUGGCUCUCCGACCAGGUGUCACCACUUUCCUUCUUUUCUUCCUCGUCAGCGCAGUUCAGCCGUUCCCGCCCCUUUUCGACCUAAACAUACAGACCUAAUUCGUAGGACCAAGAACAAAUCACAUAUCCCAAGAUGUACUCGAAAUCCCUGACAGCAUUUGUCGCGCUCUCCCUCCUCAGCUUGUCCGAGCCAGUUCUCGGGCGAUACCGGUGGAUGGAGAGAGAUGACAGAGCUGUUCUUUUACACCCUCGUCGUUUCGGUCAAGAGCACCCCGCCGUGAUUGACAAGCUCUCCUCUGCCUGUCCUGGUCAGGUUUGUGGCACGCUCGCAGGCCAAGCCAUUACCCCGCUCCUGGCUGCUCAGGGCGAAUGCACUCAGCAGGACAUGGCCGACUCGAUUAUCGAUGCCGCCCAGCAGUUCGAUGACGCGACGAAGCAAAAUAUGAUCCAGCUCGCGAUCGAGUAUCGUCAGGCGGAGAAGAACACCCCUCCCGACUUUACAACGAACCCACCCACGAACCGCAACUCUGUCUUCUGCCAGAAAGCGCCGAAGAACGCUGAGUUGAACGGUUUGGUGCAGGCGCAGGACCCCGCUAACGACCCAGACGCGUUCUUCGACCCUGCUACCAAAGCGACAGUGAAGAAGGGCUCGCAAGCCAACACUUUCCCCUUCGGUCAGAGCGGUGCCACUGGUAACUCUUCCUCCAGCGUGUCCGCAUCCGCUUCGUCCUCUGCUACGGCCAGCUCCGCUGGCGCUGGUAACAAUGCCGCUGCAGCCACCACCACUUCCGAUGCUUCUGCCACCGCUUCCGCGUCCGAUGCUGCGACCACUGGUACCGACUGCGUUGUCACUGUGACCGCUACUGUUACUGCUACUGCUACCGGCGAGACAUCCUCCGCUGCUGCCACUGAUUCUGCAUCAUCUUCAGCCUCUGCUACUGCCGCGGCCAGUGGUUCCGCGGCGUCCUCAACUGCCUCCGCUGGUGCUAUCGGUGACUUUGGCAAGUGCACAGUUCCCCAGAUCGAAUUCGGCGUAGGCUUCGACAACCGAAAGGAGACGUCGUUCCAGCCCGUCGACAAGACGAGCUACAACCAUGGCAGCGCGCAGGGCAUCCAGAUCAUUACUGACUUCAUCUGUGAUACGCUGACGAACAGCUGUGGCGCGGACCAGACAGCGAAGGAUACGUGUCGCCAAGCGGAGACAGCUGCUUUGGCUGCGCCCGCGAAGACUGGUGCUCAGGCCGAUGCUUUCAACGCUGUGUUCGGUAUCACCACCCAGUUCGCGAACGUUGCUGAGGUGGAUGACAAGGGUCAGGUUGUCGCUGGCACUGGUAACGGCGCUGCCGCGUCCGCAUCUGCUUCCUCCGAGGUUGCUUCCGCCACUGCAUCGGUCUCCGCUUCAGCAUCUUCCGCUGCAGCGACCAGCUCAGCCGCUGACGCUACCGCCACCGCGACUUCAUCGAGCUCUGCUGCUGCCGCGUCCUCCACCUCCGGCUCCUCGUCUGGUAUUGGUAACUUCGGUAGCUGCUCGGUUCCCCAGAUCGAGUUCGGCGCCGGGUUCGACAACCGCAAGGAGACGAGCUUCCAGCCUACCGACAAAGCAUCGUACGCUCACGAUUCAGCGCAGAACGGCGAUAUCAUCACCCAGUUCAUGUGUGACAACUUGGUGAACAAGUGCGGCGCGGACGACACGGCGAAGGCGACGUGUGCCAAGGCCAAGACCGCCUUCGACUCGAAGACGGCGAAGACAGGCGCCCAGGCUGAUGCGUUCAACGCUGUGUUUGGGAUCACUACCAACUUUGCGAAUGUGCAGCCUUUGGAUAACCAGGGCAAGGCUGUCAACCUCUAAGUCUUGAGCAGUUGGCUUUUUGCGUAGUUAUUAUCUUUGAUUUCCAAAGGCAUCGUGAUUUGUUUUUAGGACUGUGUCCUAUCCUAUGAUACCCUGUGUUGUAUGUUUAGCUUUGAAGAGGGGCCCCCGUGACCCGGGCAAUGGACCCGCACGAUGGUUCCGAAAAUGUGUAACCUUACUGCAAGUUGUACUGACGAAACUUGAGAUUUUUCGUCGUCGCUCAUUUCAACAGAUUUCAGCUCAUGAUAGCAGC